AUGAGCUGGAAGUUCCGCUGCAGCUCGCACGGGAGGUUCUCGAUGCCUGCGGGGAGCGCGGGGCCCCAGAGGAGCACCGAGCUCGGGCGGCUGCUCGGCGCCUACCUGGGGCGGGAGAAGAGCCUGGAGGACCACGCCGUGCACCUGCUCUUCUCGGCCAACCGCUGGGAACACGUGCCACUAAUGAAAGAAAAAUUACACCAAGGGAUCACACUUGUUGUGGACAGAUACGCCUUUUCCGGAGUGGCCUUCACAAGUGCCAAGCAGUUGAGUCCGGAGGAAGCAGCAGUGCGAGGGAACUUUGGGAAUGAACGUUAUGAGAACAGCUCCUUCCAAAAGGAAGUUCUGCGGUCCUUCCACCAUCUGAUGAAGGACAAGACAUUAAACUGGAAGACAGUAGAUGCUUCAAAGAGCAUAGACAACUUGCACAAAGAAAUUAAGUCUGUUGCAGAGAAAAUCAUACAGGACGUUCAGAAUAAACCCCUGGGAGAACUCUGGAAAUAA